GCUGCUGUCCAGGAAGAGGCGCUACAUCGUGUUCCCCAGGGGCAGCUCCAUUCAAAUGGUGGCCGAGUUCACGGUGGGCAGCUUCGUGCCCUUCACCACCAUCUUCACGACGGGCGUGACGUGGGGCAUCGCCUGGCGGCUGCCCACGCACUCCUACGAGCUGUACCUCAACAAGAGGGCCGUCGGCGAGGACCCCGACCAGCAGCACCGCGCCGAGCUCCUGGACGACCUAGUCGUCUUCCUGGACAAGUUCGGCCUCCACGGCGAGCACUGCGUGCGGCGCACGCUCUGCGACCUGCAGACCCCGCGGACUCGGCGCGCCGCCAAGGGAGGCUUCAUGGAGGAGGUCCUCAAGGCCCUCUUCACGUUUUCCGGGAGCGACUCCCAGUCCGGCGGCCCCGACUCCAACUCCACGUGCGAAGCGCGCUUCCCUCACGGCGUCUCCAUCCUCGACGUGCGGCCCGACAUGUACACUGACAAAUAA